GUGUUGAGCAUUGUUUGUGUUCGUUUAGAGAGCACAUACAUAUGUACAUACAUAGUUCUAGUUUUGCUCCACUUUUCCACUUUUUUCUACAACUCUUUCUUUCUGACUAUACUAUACUAUUUAGAUAUGUACAUUCUUCAAUCCAAUACUAAACGUGCACAUUUUAAUUUUUGACCCAUUUUGAUUUCCUUCCGUUAACUACUUUUUUACGCUAAUAGUGCCAGUUAUUUCUGCCGUUUAGCAAAAUUAUAUUUUCUAGGAUAUUGGGGGAGGAGAAGAGAAAUGAUUUAACUAGAUGAGAAUUUUGCAACUCAUACAUAUACUCAUACAUACUCAACAAAUUUUAAACUGAUAUGUCAGCCUGUGGAUAUAAUUUAAUAGUAAUUUUCUACACUUGUGGUAAUUUUAUUACAAACGAAAAAUAUUGAUAAUGCAGUCGUUGGAUGAAUCGUGUCCUGAACAUCGUGCUGAAGGCGGAGAGUCUCCUUGUGCCAGAGUCCAAGAUAUUAGGCGUCAGUGGGCAAUCCACGAAGACGAAGCUCUAGCUCAUAGGUUGCAGGAUGAGGAAAUUCAUAUUCACUAUUCUGGAAACCGUACUCGUAAUGCGAUAGUGAGGGAAGAUGGGAAAAUUGGAAGACACGAACAACGCAGAGAAGAAGAACAGGCAUUGGAGCUGCGUCUACGGCAUUUAAGUCUCCUUCAAAGACAAGCAGAGGACGAUGCUCGAGUUGCACAAAAGUUGGCCCAAAAAUAUGAAUCUCAAGUAUAUCCAGAAGAUGCAGACGAAAAUGAAUUGGAUACCGUCAUAACAUCUCAGGACGCGUCACUACUUGGAGCUUCUUGUUUGCCUAGUACAUCGGCUGCUGCGGAGAAUAAAGAGAAUCACGGACUUGGAUUCAACAGCUUUGUGGACGAAGAGGAUCUUAAACAAUUACAAGAACAAAAGGAUGCGGAACUGGCGAGGCAGGUCCAAGACGAAUUUGAACAGUAUGAAAAGGAUAAGAUGCUAGCCAUUGAAGCACAAGAUAGGGAACUUGCGAAAAUGCUUUAUGACAAGGAGAAAGCCAGGCUCAAACGUGCGAAAGAACGUGCAAGGUUGAAGGCAGAAGCUGCUACUUUGAAUAAGUCACUUUCAAAUGAUGACCCCGGAACUUCUUCCGAUACAGCCUCAGAGUUAACGCACGUCUCUUUCAAAAAGGCGACAAUGAAUGAUACUACACCCUCUACCAGUCCACCCAGAAUUCCAGAGAAAUCGUGUGAAGGUAUUCUUGGUUUUAAGGCAAAUCCAAAAAAACUUCCACCUAAUCCCCAACGACCAUCUUCAAGUAGAGUUCACCAUAAUUCCGACGACCCAAUUCCUCCAUAUAUGCCAAUCCAUGGUUUCAACAGAUCAAAUUCAAAACGUCCACAUUGAUAACGUGAUGUUGAGUAAUAUAACUUUAAAUUCUCACCGAUUUUUACGCAUUUUAUAUAUACUAAAUAUAUAUAAAUACAAAAUACUUAAUGAAGCUUUCAAGACCACCACAUAGAUACUUAAUAAUCCAAGUAAUCUCAAAAUGAAACCCAAACUCUAAUGCUUAAUUAAAUACAAAACUUUGUUUAGGGCAAAAUACAUACUCCUUAUAGAAAUCUCAGUGCUUUCUUAAAUUACAUUAGUGUAUGGCUGCUACACAAUUGUAGUAGAUACAGAUAAGGUAACAAAAUUUAUUAAUAAAGAAAAUGUACACAGAGACAUCAA